ACUACCAGCCGAAUCCAACUUGAACCAGUACUGAGCUUCAUACCAUUACCGCCAGGGGACGCUGUGAUACCACUACGACCUCUGACCCGGUUGCCAUGAAAUCUUUCCGCCGUGGCAACGUUAUUAUUUGCACCACGUGACACCAGAUAUCCCGUUGGCCUUAUCACCCUUCCCUCACUAAGUUAGAUAUACAUCCGUAUCAGAAAUAUUUGAACAUUUUAUGGAAAAUAUUGACUCGGAAUAAUAUUUGAAAGAAAUUAUUUUCGUGUCUAGAAUGAUCAACAUAAUGAGAACGUUCCUUACACGUGUUUCUCACCUUUUACUGUGGUACUAUUUUGUUGAGGGAUAAGGCGGGAAGUGAGUGGAUCGGUUUAAUCGAGUAUUUCGUUAGCACGGGCGGAGGUUGGUACUCUGACAGGCAGGAAAGUGGGGUUAUAUGAGUAGAAUGUUUGCUUAGGGCGUUUUGGGACGAUUUGUGUUGCUGAAGAAGUCAAGGACGCGUGGCUUUGUGACGGUUACGUGACAGGAAACAGGCUGAAUCUCGUCCCGUGCGUUGUUUUCGUGAGAUUUGUAGUACGUGCCCUCCCACAGGUCCGAUCGUCGGACAUGUUGACGGUCGGAGGAAAUCGACCAUAAACACACCUGACUCUGAUCCGCGUCGUGUUCUCACCUGUCUUCUUAUCCUCGACAUGUCAAGAAACCACUCACCUGGAUAGACAACCUUGACCGCUACAGGGAAGGCAUACACUCUCGUAAGGCAACGGCACUGUUGGCAGUGAAGUUCAUAUAUUGUUAUAAAAACUUAUUUUCAAACAUGGUUCGGUUAACGAUAGACUUGAUAGCACGGGUGAACACUCACACCAAGAGGAAACGUGACGAGCCACUGUCACAAUACCUGCGGAGACUCACUCAUCUGUACUUCCAGGAGAGACAUAUUGAUGAAAUAGACGACCUGUCCCUGUGUAAGAACCUGUCAGUGUUAUACCUGUAUGACAACAGGAUCGCCAGGAUACAGAACCUGCACUUCGCCUCCAACCUCACCCAUCUGUACCUGCAGAACAACCUCAUCAAUAAAAUAGAGAACCUGUCUUUGUUAAGGAGAUUAGAAAAACUGUACCUAGGAAGUAAUGAAAUCACAGUUGUGGAAGGUCUGGACAAAUUAGAGAACCUGAAGGAGCUACACAUAGAGAACCAAAGAUUACCCCCUGGGGAGAAGUUACUGUUUGAUCCCAGGUCCAUCCAAGCAUUAUCGGCGACGUUAUGUGUUCUAAACGUCUCUGGGAACAACCUGGAGGACCUGCAGGACUUCCGGUGCCUGGGGCAGCUGAACCAGUUCAUGGCAGCUGAUAACCAGCUGGAGGACAUGAAGGAGCUGGCGCAGGUGCUGACCGGCUGGGUCCAGCUGUGGAGACUGGAGCUGGUGGGCAACCCGCUCUGCCGCAAGGCCAAGUACAGGGACAGGGUCAUUGUCAUGUCUGCUUCACUCGAAGUCCUAGAUGGUAAGGAAAUUAAUGAGACAGCCAGAAAAUUCCUGCUAAGCUGGAAGGCAAACAAGGAGGCCAGACGGAGACAGCGCGAAGACAGGAAGAAGAACGGAGAUGCAGACGGAACAAGACGUGUAAAAGUUGAGGUAAUUCCAGCAGAGGAGGAUCAACCUGAGUCUUUAGACUCAGAACCUGCCGACCCUGAAAUUGCAUUUUUGAGGAAGUUAUUUGGACAGUCAGGCCCAAAUUUUCCCAUGAUGACCCGGGACAGCCUGAGGCUUCAGCCUCUCCUACAGCUUCCCAGCAUGCCCCUGGAGGACCAGACAGUUGAUGAGUUGGGCAAUGUGGCCCGCUGUGAACUGCCACCUCUACAGCUUCCCCACGCUCCUCUCAGAAACUACAUCAUGCCAGGCCUCCCGGGGGCGCGCAAGCAGUUUGAAGCCAUCCUGGCGCGGUCUCGCAGCCUGCCCGGCUCCGCAGACGUGAUGGGGCGAGGUGACAUGCUCGCGCAGAAAACCGAGAUCAUUGCAGAGUUGCCCAAGAAGAGCCUGAGUGACCUCCAGGCUCCCAUUAGAUCUAGGUAUGCAAGAAUCUUAGUGGGUGAACCAGGGGGCACGCCCAUCCCGAGGGACCUUCCGCCACCAAUCAGAAGUUCACCUGUCCUCAGACCGUCACUUCAAGCGAAAGCCAUAGACGUGCGGAGCUCCAACCAAUUUGUAGAUUCCAAGGUUCUGUGAUGGUGUUCAAUUCCACUCAAGCUCAUCAAAAGGGAUUCAUUCACAUAACGUUCUUAGGAAAAUUGGACAGGUGGUAUUCUGAAUAUCGCUGUUCGUAGACUCCAACCUGACUACAACUGCCUCCAGUCCAAAUGAAUUUUUGUACAAAUCUGUCAUGUAGACAGCUUAUCAUCCAUAAUGUGAUGGCUGUAUAAACACUAUUAUUUUCCAUGUGAUAACUCUUUUACGGAUGUUACUCUGGAAGUCAUUGGCUAAGAAGAAGUUACUUGUAAUCUUAAGUGUAAAGCUGCAUGUUUUCAUCUUCAAGAGACAAUACAUUGAAAUUGUCUUGGCAAUAUUUGCCUCACAGCUGUGUUAACUUUGAUGCUCAUGUUGGCAAUGGUUUUCAAGAAGUCAUCUGAUAUCUAUCACAUUGUUUGCAGCAUGACUAACUUGUGUUCCCUUGGCAAGGUGUUAUGGUGUAUUUCUAGGCCUUAAUAAAUACAUAAGGAAGUUCUACAGUGACACAGUGAACACAACAGUAAGGAGUUAUAAA